AUGUACAGAACGAACGAUCCCCGCUUCCGUCGCCGCCUCAACGAUCUCUCCCAUACCCUUGAAUCCGCCAACGAGUCCGCGCAAAGCGGCCUUUACGUCUUCGGCCAGACAUAUAUUCGCCCGUGCUUCCAGUCUAUAGGGAGCUGCUUGACGACGUGUGUAGAUGCAUCGUGUCCCAGUCUGAAUCUGUCGCAGAGAGAAAUACAACGCCGGCGAGCACGAGGUCGGACACGAGGGCGCGCGGAGUUGUCGUUUGAUUUCUACGACGAUUGGGACGACGAUGAAGGAGAGGGGUUGUUGGGCUGGGGCAACGAUCCGUUUGCGGCAGAGGGUAUUGGAGGCGCCUCAGGCUAUGGGAGCAUAAGCGCUGCUCAGCCUGGUUGGCAGAAGGGCAUGAGUUACAGCAAGACCAGGAGGAAAAGCGCUGUGCUACCACAUGAUGGUGGCCCCGACCCGGCAGUCAUACCCGGUACUUCUGGCUUCUGGAGCCGACUCUUCGGUGGGAAGGGCAAAGCGCUACAUUACCGGCCCAGCGCGGCGGAUCUACAAGAACACCCUGGCGCGCGGAGGGGAAAGAGGAGGGACUUAACGGAGGGAGAAGCGCUGCUUGAAGACAUUGAGGCUGAGGAGGAGGGGGGGCGGGGGCAUAGGAGAGCGAGGUCGGGCACGCAGACUACGACCAGUAGUUAUAGUAGUCGUGGGGACAUUUUCCCGAGCGAUGGGGAGUUGGACGAUGCGAUUCCGUUGGACGAUGAGUUUGCUAUGGUGCUCGAGAGGCGAACGACGCAGUCGCAAGGAGAGAGGAGCGGUCCUGAGACGGAGUCAAGCUCUGGAAAGACGAGGCGCAACUCAAGUCUAAGGCGAGGGAAGAGGCCUAGCAAUGCCGCGAGUCGGCGAUCCACAAACCAUAGUGCGAGCAAUCGAAGUAUAGCAAGCGGGAGGAAGAGCUCCGCGACCGUCACACCUGUUGAAGAGGUGCAACAGGAGGAGAUCGUACCCAGCCUCCUCGAGCUAAAGCAGGAAGAACGGCAAGUCGAGGAAGAGGAAGAAGCAAUGGUGGAGCGAAGACGAUCCGAAGCGCAACGUGUCGCUGCAGAUCGUGGCCUUGUGGACGAAGCAAUUAUAUCGAGUAAGGAGGCUACGCCACAAGCUUCUUCGCCUGUUGUGGCACCUGCAACUACGAUUGAUGAGCCGAGCCAGCUUCCUACACCUCUCGCGACAGAUGAUGAGGAAGAAGAUGCGGCGGAGAUACCCAAUAAUGAUGACAACAAGGACACCAGGCCUUGA